AUAACAACACACGCGGUGUAUGUGAUAACAAACAUAGCGGGUGACCACUCAAGAAACUUCCUUUGGUCCAAUCCAAAACAAAUAAAACUAAAAACAAAAAAUCGAUAAAUAAUAAUAAUAGAUCUAUAAUCUCUCUAUUAUCAUCUUCUUCUUUCUCAUCACAUACUCUCGUAAAACAAUAAUGGCUGGUUUCAGCGGCGAUGAAACUGCUCCUUUCUUCGGCUUCCUCGGCGCCGCCGCUGCCCUAAUUUUCUCAUGUAUGGGUGCGGCUUAUGGAACUGCGAAGAGCGGUGUUGGUGUAGCGUCGAUGGGUGUGAUGAGACCCGAACUUGUUAUGAAAUCGAUUGUGCCUGUUGUUAUGGCUGGUGUCUUGGGUAUUUAUGGUUUGAUUAUCGCUGUUAUUAUCAGUACCGGCAUUAACCCUAAGGCUAAAUCUUAUUAUCUUUUUGAUGGUUAUGCUCAUCUUUCUUCGGGGCUUGCUUGUGGUCUUGCUGGUUUGUCUGCUGGCAUGGCUAUUGGGAUUGUUGGUGAUGCUGGUGUUAGAGCAAAUGCUCAACAGCCGAAGCUUUUUGUCGGUAUGAUUCUCAUUCUCAUCUUUGCUGAAGCAUUGGCAUUGUAUGGUCUCAUUGUUGGCAUCAUCCUCUCUUCCCGUGCUGGCCAAUCCAGAGCUGAGUAAUAUCAAUUUUAUCAUUGCUUGUAGGGCACAUAGCCACAGAUUCAUGUAUUGUGAACUUUAUUAGAGACUUGGGCAGAGUAAGGGUGGAGCUUUGUCAUGUUUUUCUUUCUUCUUAUGUAGUCAUUAUAAAAUUAACUCUCCUAUGGAAUAAAGCCUAUCAAACUAUUUCCCUGGCAUUAUUGUAUUUAUUGACGUUGAGUCAAACUAGAUUAGUGAUCUUUGUAAGAAACAUUUUGUUUGUGUUGAUUUCAAUAAUAUUUAGUUGUGUUUA